UUUGAGAUUUGCUUCAAUGAACUCUCAUUUAAAAACUUACCACGUGCAUUCGUCCCGCUGUGAUUUGCGAGUUAUCUUAAGUCUUUCGGGUCAAGCAGAUAUUUCGUACACACGGGGUUGUAAAAUGUAAACACUACAUGCUUGCCGAAGUUAUUCAUAUGCAGUCGGUAUGUGCCUUCAUUAAAGAAUCACGCACAAUUACGGGACAUUGAAGGAGGAAACUCUGAGCGAAGUCGAGAAGAAAAUGUCUUGUCCGCUACUAGUGACAUGUGAGUGGUUACAGGAACGCCUCGUUAAAAAGGACAGACCGGAUGUGGUGGUGAUCGACGUUUCCUGGUCCAGCACCCGCGACUGUCAGCAAGACUACUUACUACAGCGCAUACCAUCAGCUCAGUAUGUGAAUGUGCUCGAUGCGAAGCAUAGCGACGUCUAUCCACGUGCAGUACCAGAUGCGCAAGUGUUUGCUGAGCAUGCGCGCAGAGCUGGUGUCAACCCCAGUUCACACGUGGUUAUUUAUAGCAACACAGAGAAAGCAGGAUACUUCCUGUCUGGCCGAGGCUGUUGGACCUUUAAAUACUUUGGUCAUGACAAUGUGUCCAUCUUGGACGGUGGACUGCAGCGCUGGCUACAGCUGGGGUACCCAACAGCAUCGGGGGAGGAAGUAACUAAGCCGGGAUCCUUCAAGCCAGUAGUAAAUGAUCAGUUCCGUGUCCCUUACGAAUCGGUGAGAGAGAAUCAAGAGAAGUGCUCCUUCCAACUGGUGGAUACACGGCCCGCCAAGGCAUUUGCCGAGAGCCAAAUUCCAGGGGCAGUGAACCUUGACAUGGGCAACUUGAUAGAUGAGGAGAAGGGGAUCAUGAAGUCACCAGAGGAAAUACGUAAAUUGUUUUCUGAUGUGGGCAUCGACCUCAAGGGUCAUGUUGUGACGCAUUGCAACAGCGGCAUGUCUUCAUGUACCGUUGCCAUGGCGGCAUUACUAGUGGGGGCAACCAAUGUGGGGUUGUUUCACGGAGGCUUAAAUGAAUGGAAGAAGAGGGAAAACAAAUAAGACAAGUUUUGGAAAACACCUAGAUUGAAUAACACAUUCAUCAAUUUUGAGUUGUAUAUGAAACCCCUAACUGUUGUUUAAUAAUUGUUUGUUCCUAAAUUCUGAGUUGUAUACUAAACCUAACUGUUGGUUAAUAAGUCAAAGGAAGAAUAAUUUUCUAUUUCCAGUGGUUAAUUAAUAAUAUCUGUGCAGUUAGUACCAAUAUGCAAAAUUUGCAGUUAUUUAACUUUUUUUCAAGAUUUGUAUGAUGUAUAUUUGUAAGGACUAGAAUUGUUUAAUUUAAAGGAAGAAAAUCACAGUAAAGAUUAAAUAAUUUACUAAGGAAAGCAAUUAUUUUCUAUCAUAAGAAAUCAAAUUUUUUCUUAACAUUAUGCCAAAAACACAAAAAUUGUAAUUCACUGAUAAUACAAAAUGUACAAAUAAUA